AUGGAAGAGCACAGAAGGAAAAACAACAUCGUCGUCUUUGGAGUAAGAGAGGAACAACAUAAUGAGUCCCUAUUAGAUUCCACCAUAAAAUUGCUAGAAAAAAACAUGAAUAUACACAUCGAAUUACAUGAAAUAAAUAACGCUUAUAGACUAGUAGAAAAGAAAGAUAAUAAACCUUGUCCUAUUCUUGUAAACUUUACAACAAACUGGAGGAGAAAUGAAGUUCUCAAGAACAAAAAGAAACUGGAUUCAGGAAUCUACAUUAAAGAGGAUCUCAGUAAAGAAACUCUGGAGAAGAGAAAGCAACUUCUGCACAAACCAAAAGAAGAAAGGGCAAAGGCCAAUAUCUGUUAUUUUCUUAAAGAGAAAAUAGUCACUAAAGAACCGAAACAAGCAAAAAGAGAUAAGAGCUAA